GUCAAUCCUUUCACAAAUUUACUGACUGUCAAUUGAGGACGGAUGUUGAAAAUGACUAGUGAACAAGUGGACAAGCACAGCUUUUAAUGUCGUGGCCAGGGCCUACGACUCGAUUGCCCCCACCGGGGCCCCCGCCUGAGGAUGUCGGCUUUUUACAAGGCCGGCAAAUACUCUCAACACCGCUCAGCUCGGCGCCCAGCAAGCUCAGCUCAUAUGAGCAGUUUACAGCGGUGUUCGGGUACUCGUCCGAGGACUACCAGCACCUUGCACACCACCACCACGGCACGCCGGGCAGCGAAGCCACCGGCGGGGUGCUGGCUGCCUCGGCGAGCGGCGCUGCCUCGCCCAUGGGCGGCGCCAGGCGGGCGGGCUCGGUGUCGCCGAUGAGGCACACGCCGGCGGGCAGCCAGGCGGAUGAGGUGCCGUCGCCAAUGACGCUGCAUGCGGCGCACCCGCACUCCACGCUGGGGUACCGCGCCAAGCGCCGCGGCGAGCACGACCUGAACCCGGCGCAGCAGCGCGCGUUCCAGUUCCGCGGGGCCAUCAACAAAGGGACAAUCAAUUUGCAGCCGGACCUGACGCCGGGCUCGAUCUUGGAGUCAGCAGCAGGCUACCAGCUGCCGCCCACGGCGCCGGCGCCGACCCUGAGCCCCGCCUUGCUGGAUGGCCUCAAGCCGCCUGUGCUGGGGACCACCACGGAGCCCAACCAGCUGGGCACCAUGGUGAUGCAGAAGGACCUGAAGCCCUUCAGCAGCAGCACGCGCCUGCCGCAUCAGGCCGGCGCGGCCGACACGGGCUCGGGCGGCGGCGGCCUCAUGGUGCCGCCGGUGGACAUCAGCAUGGCGGACGCCUACACAUACAACGUGCCUCCGGACGUCCGCACGGGCGAGGACGCGGUGCGGCUGUUCAGCAGCUCCGCCGCCAAGGCCGGACUCAUCAUCUACUGCAACAUCAACCCCGCCUCCGCCGGCGCGCACGGCGGCGGCGGCGGCGGCGGCACCGGCUCGGAGCGCAGCGGCUCCAGCCUUCUGCAGGCCUUCGCCGCCAGCGCCGGCAGCAUUGGCUCCUUGGGCGGCCCGCCAGGAGGCGGCGAGUACAACCCCUACGACCUGCUGGUGGUGGACCGCAGCCGUGUGGAUCCGCGCCACCACUACCUGCUGACGCAGUCGGGCGUGACGCAGAUGCUGGGCGGGCACGCGCAGGAGCUGCAGCCCUUCCACGCCUGGCAGCGCGAGCGCGACAUGUUCACCAUUCUGCGCAAGCUGGUGUUCUUCAAACACAACUACAUGUUCCAGGCUUUCUGGCAAUGGCGGGAGGCUGUGCGCGUGCUCAAGUUCCGCGCGCGGCAGCGCACCCUGGCGCGGCAGCUGCUGGUGCUGAGCCCCACGUUCCACAAGCCGCUGCUGAACGUGCGGCGCAUGACGUUGGCGGUCAGCUGCGACACCAACGGCACCUGGCGUAAAAACAGCGACGGCCGGUGGGUGGAGCAGGAGGCGGAGCUGGUCGUGCCGGCGGCGGUGCCGCCACGCCUGGCGGCGCAGCAGCAACAGCAGCAGGCGGCGGGUGGGACUGGCGGCCACGGGGCAGGGCACCUGCUUCCCGCCGCCCAGGACUCGAGCUCCUCGGUGUCUAUGUCAGGCAACGACGGCGGCGGCGCAGCCGCCGGCUCGGGUGCUGCCUCAGCAGCGGGUGCUGCUAGCGGCGCGACAACACCGGCGCGCCGCGGCGGCGCCGCCAGCAGCACUCCUGAGCCGGCGCCUGUCGACUUGGACCUUGCGCCGCCCACGCCGCUGCCGCCGGAGCGGCUGCCCGAGAGCGGGCUGCCGUUCCAGCUGGGGUACGUUGGCACGGUGCAGGACACGUACACGCUGUCGGACUUCAAGCGCAUGCGCGAGGAGCAGCGCGGCGCCGUCAACAGCGCGCUGCAGGACAUGGUGGCCUACGUGCGCGCGCAGAUUCAAGUUGUGGGUCAGGCGGUGCAGACCAACCUGGCCAAGGCGCAGGCGGCGGUGGCCAAGCCCUCACGCACGGCCGCGCGGCAACAGCGCUUCGAAGGCACAGACGGCGGCUGGCGCGGCAAGUCCAUCGCGCAGACGCGGCGCGACGCCGAGCAGCGGCACCGCGACCUGGGCGAGGCCGUGCACGCGGCCCAGCAGCUGCUGCGCUUCAUCCAGCUGUCCGACAUGCUGGUGCUGGGCCAGCUGGCCGAGCUGGCGCGACUGGCGGUGCUGCUUUGCGUGUGCCAGAUGGAGGCGCCGCGCAAGGCCGGGCUGUACAUGGUGACGGGCACGGUGGAGGACCCCAACGCGCCCGGGCGGGAGGGCAUCGGCUCCAUCUCGCUGGCGGGCGGCGGCGGCGCGCGCGGCGGGCUGGGCGGCUGGAGCCGCGCGCCCACCUUUGCCAGCGUCGCCAUGGCGGCGGCGGGCGGCACGCUGCGGCGGCGGUCCAUGUUCGGCGCGGGCGGGAUGGGCGGGUUGGGCCUGCCGCGGCCGGGGUCACAAGGGCCCGGCUCCACGACGGGGGAUGGCGCCUUGUCGCCGAGGACGGCGCGUGGCGGCGGGGCGGACGACGAUGACGACCGCAGCGAUGCGGGCAGCGAGGUGUCGGGCGUGCCGGCGCCGGCGCCGCUGUUUGUGUUCAGCCCCGGCAGCGAGGAGCUGUCGGCGGCGGUGGCCAACCUGCCGCGGGAGAUUGUGCACGUGGUGAUGCUGUCGGCGUCCGCGCUGAUCAGCUACCCAGAGGUGCGGCAGCUGCUGGGCGAGAUCGCGCAGAAGGGCAUCCCCAUGCCGCCCGCCGUGGUCAGCAGCCACCCGCGCGACGGCGGCGGCGGCGGCGGCGGCGGCGGCGGCCUGCGUGUGGCCUCGGGCUUCCACGCCGAGGUGCUGCGGGCGGCCGUGGACGUGCGGGGCAUGAUGACUCGGCUGCAGGUGUCGCUGCUGAACGACUACCAGGCGGCCAUGCACCACACCGCCAUGCAGCCCUACGUGGGCCACGAGGCGGUGUGGGGCGUGGUCAGCAGGUUCUCGCAGGAGGCCUACAGGAGCGCGGGCAUGACGCCGGAGCAGCUGCAUGCGGACCUGUCCGCCGCGGGCGCCUGGCUGGGCGAGAUGACGGGCGCGCGCGUGUCUGUGAUUGUGGGGCUCGUGGCGCUGGACAUGUCGGGGCUGCAGCGGGUGGCGCUGCCCGCAAUACAGAAGGCGCACAGCGGCAUCAUGUCGCUCCUGGGCGGGCUGCUGGUGUCGCAGUGCCGCCAGCUCACCGGCAAGCUGGCCGAGUUCGUGUCCUCGCUGGUGGCUCGGCCCAGCCAGCUGCCCGACUUCGUCGCCUACGUGGAGGUCAUAUGGCCGCACCUGGACCCCAUGAGCGCCGCUCGCCAGGCCAUCGCCAGCGACUUGGAGCACCUGUCGCGCCUGCACGUGAUAUACGACCAGUCCGCGCCCAACGCGCGGCCCGGCAGCCCCACGCUGUACCACCCGCUGUACGGCGCGGCCACGUUUGCGCACGGCGAGUCGUCGGAUGAGGAGCAGGAGGAGGAGCACACGGUCACGGGCGGCGGCGGUGAGGGGCAGCAGCAGGCGCCGGCGCCGCCCCAGCCGCCGUCGCUGCGCAAGGUGCGCGGCGCGUGGGAGGCGCUGCAGCUGGCGGUGGGGCGCUACACGGACGAGGCGCGCGCGGCGGCGGACUACUUCCAGAACGCGGCGGGGCUGAUGGUCACCCACCUCAAGACGUCGCUCAUAGAGUCCGGCAACGCGCUGCACGGCAUCCUGUCGCAGCUGCGCACUGGCAUCUCCACCGACCCCACCGCCGCCGCGCCCGAGGUCGCCUCCCACCUGGAGGCGCUGGGCGCGGGCCUGCGCACCCUGGCCGCCGCCGUGGAGCAGCACAGCAGCUGGGCGCGGCUGCUGACGCACCCCUCCACCACCGGCCUGGUGGCGGGGCUGGAGACGCAGCUGGCGGCGGCGCAGGCGGUGCUGCUGGCGCGGCGGUCGCUGUGGGAGGUGGUGUCGGGCUGGCGCCGCUUCCUGGACCGGCUGUACGCGCUGCCGUGCAUCGACGAGGACCGCGCCAAGCUCAUGUCGGAGCUGCAGGAGCACGUGGGCAGGGUCAAGACGCACGCCAGCCGCAUCACGUCACUGCACACGGAGGACGACCUGACCAGCACCAAGACCGUCACGCCGGCGGAGCAGAAGCUGGGCGCGCACCUGGCGCUGCUGGUCAAGUCCUGGCAGGGCAUCCUGCCGCUGGCGCAGCAGCUGGUUCACCCCGCCGUCAAGCCGCGCCACCUGCGCACACUGCUGACCUGGCUGGCCGCACACCAGCAGGCCGCAACCAACACGCCGCCGACCACAGCCGGGGGGCCCGCAGGGUCUGGCGCCGCCGCCUCGGCCGGCGGCGCCGCCUCCGGCUCGCCGCUGGCUCCGGAUCCUUUCCUUGUGCCGCUGACGCACGUGCGCGAGGACGAUGGCCUGGUGGCGGAGGCGGCGGGGCGGACGUCACUGGCUCAGCUGGUCACCACCUGCGCGGAGUCGCCCAACACCAAGGAGCUGGUGUCGCGCAUCACACAGGUUGCUUUGAGUGAGGCCCAGCUGGUGACGUGGCUGGCGUCCAUCACGGAGCGGCUGCAGGCGCUGCCGCUCACCUACAGCGCGGCGCGCAGCUGGGGCUCCUUCACCCCCACCAACCUGGCCGAGGUGCUGGCGGCGGUGGGCGCGCUGGCGGCGGAGCUGGCGGCGGCGGGGCGCAGCCCCUACGCCGGCGGCGUGCUGCGCGAGCUGGAGCGCUCAGAGCAGCUGCUGGGCGGCGUGCAGCGCAGCCUGCAGGACGCCGCCUCGUGCCUGGACUCGUGGAUCUACCUGUGCCAGCUGUUGCAGAACCCCGCGGUGGCGGAGCGCGCCCCCGACGCCGCCGCCUCGCUGGAGGUCCUCAGCGCCACGUGGCGCAAGCUCAACAUGGCGGCCAUGGAGCAGACCAGCCUCACCGCCGCGGCGGUGGCGCUGCAGGACUGCCGUGUGCUGCUGGCGGGCUUCGACGCGGUGCGGCGCGGCGUGACGGCGGCGGUGCUGCCGGCGCUGCGCGAGGCCUACCCCCGGCUGUGGCUGGCGGGUGACGAGGUGGUGCUGGAGGCGCUGGCGGCGGGCCCAGACGUGGAGGCGCUGCCGCCCGCACUGCUGGACUGCCUGUUCAACGGCGUCACCGGGCUGCAGCUGCUGGCGAGGGAGCCCGUCGACGACGGUCCCGCUCCGCCGCCAGCCGUCUCGGCUGUGCUGGCGGCAUCGGGCGAGGUUUGCGCCCUGCGGCAGCCGCUGCCGCUGCCGCCGCCCUCGGGCGCCAGCGGCGCACUGCGUCUGGAGUCCUGGCUGCCGGCGCUGGAGGCGUCGCUGCGCGAGGCGCUGGUGGGCGGCACGCGCGACUGCGUGGCGGCGCUGGGGCACAUGAGCGCGGAGACCUGGGUGGGCUCCUUUCCCAGCCAGGCGGUCAUGCUGGUGGACGCGGUGGUGUGGACGCAGAGCGUCACCUCCACACUCGAGCGCGCCGCCACCGGCGAGCGCUCCGCGCUGCGCAACCUGCUGGACCAAUCCGUGCUGCGGCUGGAGACCAUGGCGAGGCAGCUGCGCGGCGCCAUGCUGGCGGCGCCGCCGGGCGCGUGGGGCGCGUCGGCCGCCGCCGCGGCGGCGGCGAGGGGCGGCGGAGGCGGCGUGCCGGGGCGGCAGGUGGAGGACCUGCCCGGGCGCGCCGCCGCGGCGGCGCUGACGGCGGCGGGCGCGAGCACAGUGGCGCUACAGGGCGGCAUGCGGGGCGGCGCGGGCACCGGCGGCGGCGAUGAGAGCAUGGUGCUGGAGUUGGACCUGGUGCCCAUCGGCGGCUCGCAACCGUCCGCACCGGCAGUCAUGCAGUCGCCUACGCGUGUGAUCUCGUCUGGGAGCAGCGCCGCACAGCAGCCCCCGCGCCUGCCGCCAUUCCUCCUGGCAGCGGCGGCCAACACCGCCGCGGCGGCGGCCUCAGCGGCUGCCACGGCGGCCGCGGCCGUGCCGUCGGGGCCUGGCAGCUCCAUCUCCAGCGGCGGUGACGCUGGGGUGCUGGGGCUAGACACGGGUGUUCUGGUGCCCGCCUGCACCUCGCCCUACAUGCGGCCCCGCCGCUCGGCCGUGUUUGCUGACGGCCUGGGCUCGCUGCUCGCUGGAGGCGACGCAUCCGGUGGCGGAGGCGGGGGCGGUGGUGGCUCCGCCGGUGGCACGGGCAUGGGCGCGGUCGCCGGCGGGAUGGGCUCGGCGCCGUCGGACCCGGUGCUGCUGACGCGGCAGACGCUGCGCGGCAUGGAGCGGCUGCUGGCGGCAGGCAUCUGCCACCGACAGGUGGUGGAAGAGCUCAUUGGCGCGGACGUGCCGGGGCCGGACUCGUUCGAGUGGCAGCGCAACGUGCGGCACUACUGGGAGCCGGACCAGGGGCUGGUGGAGGUGGCGCUGGCGACCUCACGCCACGAGUACGGGUACGAGUACGACGGCACGGCGCAGGACACGGUGGAGAUGGUGCUGCCCAUGUCGGUGCCGUCGCUGUUGGCGGCGGUCAGCGCGCUGCAGGCGUCGCCGGUGGUGUCACUGGCGCGAGCCGACGGCGCCUGCAGCCCCGUGAGCGCCGUGCGCUCGCUGUGCGGACUGCUGGGCCGCCUGCACGUGCACGCGCAGCUGGACCCCGCCACCACGCCCGCCGCCCUGGGCCGCGCGCUGGCCACCGCCGUGUCCCUCAACGCCUGGAUGUCCGUGGAGGGGCUGGAGCUGGUGGGGUUGGCGGCGCUGUCGGCGCUGGGCGAGAUGCUGCACGGCCUGCUGCACGCCGCCAUCACCCGCGCCAGCCACGUCCAACUGGCAGGCGAGUCCGUGCCUUCGCCGUGGGCCUUCGGCGGCGCCGGGCUCGGCACCACCACAGCGGGUGCGGAAGCGAUGCACACAGCGGCCAACGGCAACCACGCCAGCACUGCGCCGGCGUCACCACCCGCAAAGACCGCGGGCGGAGGUCGCAGCCCGCCGGGCCAACAUCACCAUCACCACCACCAUCACCACCCGAAAGGCCAGAGCCCCGCAUCGGGGCCGCGCAUGGUCAAGGCCACGCCCGGUGUGUUCCUGUCGCUGCCCAUGGCGGCCUACCUGCCCGUGUCGCACGACGCCGCGCCGCCCGCCUUCGAAGCGGCGCCGGUUGCCGCCGCCAGCACCGCUGCCGCCGUGGCGUUCCUGACGGAGGCGGUGCACCGCUCCGGGCCCUUCCCGCACGAGCUGUGCGAGCUGGCGCGCCGUGCCGGCCGCUGCGUUGCGCUGCACACGUCCGACCUGUCAGUGGCACUGGAGGCGGGGCUGCGUUGCGCCGGGCUGCGCGACGCGCCCGAGGCAGGCCGCGCCGUGGGCAGCUGGUUCCGCCUGGCGGCGGUGCAGCUGGGCGCGCCGCCGCAGCUGCGCCUGGACGCGGUCACGGUGCGCGGCAUGCUGACCUACAUCCAGCGCGUGUGGAUGCUGGCGGGGGCUGGCAGUGCAGGCGAGGGAGGCGCGGGUACGGGCGCGGGUGCGGGUGCGGGUGCGGGCGCGGGCGUGGGCUCGGCGCGUGUGAGCGGCAUGGGCAGCGGUAGCGGCGGCGGCGCGGCGCAGGGCGCCGCCGCUGCCUCGAGCGCCGGCCGGGUUGGUGGCAGCGCCUUGGACGCGGUGGAUGCAGCGAUGCGCGCGGUGGUGCUGCCGGCCGCUGACCCAGAGGACCUGCCGGCACUGACGCGGCUGUUGGACCAGGUCAUCGGCUUCGCGCAGCGCACCUCGGCGCCGCCGCCCGACGCCGCCGCCGGCAGCGGCGGCCCCGGCGUGAGCACGCCCGCCGGGUCCAGCCGCUCUACGCCGCAGCUGAGCCUACCCAUGACGCCCGGCCUCAUGGGCCCAGCCGGCGGCAGCGCGGGCGGGGCGGCGGGCGGCGCGGGCUCGGGCGUGUUUAACGUGCGGGAAGCGCUGCAGGCGGUGCUGGUCAUGGCCAAGGAGGCGCAUGCCGCGGCCGCAGCCGACCCCUCGCCGCGGCCCGCCCGCCUGGGCCGCACGCCGCCCUCGCUCCCGGGUGGCGGCUCCACCGCCACCAGCCGUGUCGAGCCGGGCUCGGCGGUGUCCUCUCCGGCCCGCAAGACGCGCGCCUCGAUGGCGGCGGCGGCCGCCGCCAACGCCUCAGCUGCAGCCGCCGGGCCGCCCGGCACACCGCUGGUGCUGCCGCACUCGGCUAUGGCGUCGCCGCCGGACGCCAUCCCUGCGCCGCAGCCGGCCUGGUUCCCGGCGCUGGCGCACCUGGCCUUCGCCUCCGCGCCCGCGCUUGUGGGCGCCGCCGCCGCCAUCCACGAUGCGCUGCUGGGCUCGCGCGCCGUGCUGCUGGUGGGCGCGCCCGGCGCCGGCAAGAGCUCGGCCUGGCGCGCGCUGGUGGCGGCCACGCACGGCCCCGAGGCGCUCCAGUCGCCGGACGCGGUGCUCCAUCUCUUCCCCGAGGCGCUGUACCCCGCGGCCCGCGCCGGCUUCCAGCUGGGGCCGGGUGUGGACGAGGACGCGCCGCACCUGGCCGAUUGCGGCGGCGGCGGCGCCGGGCCGGACGGCCGGGCGCCGACGGAUUGGCUGCUCCGGCGGCUGGAGGGCGUGCGGCGCUGGGCGCUGCGGCGGCGGCCGGAGGGCGCGAGCGUGCAGAGCGGCAGCGCGGCGGUGGUGGGCGUGGCGCCGCGCUGGGUGGUGCUGGACGGGCCGCUGGGCACGCCCGCGGCCGACGUGAUGGCGUCGCUGCUGCUGAUGGGUGCCGGCGGCCGGGGGGCCGGCGGCGCGGGCGGCACGGGUGGCGGCAAGGUGCUGCCCAGCGGCAGCACGGUGGCGGCGCCAUCGGAUGCGGCGCAUGUGCUGUGGGAGACGAGCAGCCUUGCGGGCGCCUCGCCGGCGCUUCUGUCAGCGGUGCCCGUGGUGCACGUGCCCGGCUCCGGCGCGGCGGCGGGCGGGGGCCUGUGGGACGCUGAGGCGGCGUUGUCGGCGGCGGUGCGCGCGGUCAUCAAGCAACAGGGCAUGACCGCCAUGAUUGCGCCGCGCUUCAUCCGGCGGGUGGUCGCGCUGCUGUCGGGUGCGCUGACGGGCGCGGAGGCGGUGCUGCGGCGCGGCCGUGAGCGUGUGCGCGGCAGCCACGGCGCGCCGGCCGGCCUGGCGCUGGCGUCUGCCCUGGCGGCGCUGUUCACCGAGGUGGUGCGCACGCUGGACGUACCCUGCGAUGCGCUGUGGGCGGAGAAGUCGGCCGACCUGGAGCUGGCGCUGGCCCGCUGCGGCGUGUUCUGCAGCUACUGGGUGCUGGCGGGCCAGGCGCUGGGCGCGGGGCAGCGCGGCGCUGUGGAGGCAGCGGUGCGCGACGCGGCCCUGGCGGCGGAGCUGCCCAUGGCGCUGCCGCUGGGCGGCUCGCUGGCGGCGUGGCUGGUGGCACCGCGCCGCGGCAACUGGGUGCCCUGGGCUGCCACGCUGCCCAGCGUCGCCACGGACCGGCCCGGCGCCGUCAUCUCGGCGGCCAACCUGAUGCCGGCGCCCGCCAUGGCAGCGGCGUCAGGCGGCGCCGCUGACGGCGCGGACGAGCGCCUGGCGGCGCUGUGCGCCCCACCUGCGUUCCAUUACUUCCGCGAUGUGCGCGGCGGCGCGGGCUGCCUGGCGCUGUUUGUGCCGUCGGCGGCCUCGCAGGCGCUGGAGUACGCGACGCAGCUGGCGCUGCAGGCGGGGCUGCAGCCGGUGCUUCUGGGACCGCCCGGCAGCGGCCGCCGCACACUGCUGGCGCACCUGCUCGCCACGGUGCCCAUGCACCAGUUGCAGACGCUGGUGGCGGUGGCGCCGGCGGGCGCCGGUGGCGGCGCGGCGGGCGGCUUCUCGCCGGCGGCGCUGCAGGCGGCGCUAAUGUGGCACCUUGCGCCCGGGGCGGCGGCCUCAUUGCGGCCGGCGCCCGGGCACCGGCUGGUGGUGGUGGUGGAGGACCUGAACGCGGCGGCCGUGGGCGGCGCGGGCGAGGGGCGGCAUGCCGGAGAGCUGGCGGCGGCGGCACAGGAGGUGGGCGGCGGCGCGGCUGCGGCCGUGGUGGCUGCCGGCGGCGCGGCGGCGGCAGGGUUGGGUGCGCCUGGCGCUGCCGCGGCGGGCUGUGAGGUGGAGGUACCCAGCCCGGGCCUGGAGUGGCUACGUCAAGUGCUCGACACACGCUCUGUGCGUGACGCGGCGUCCGGCGUGAAGCUGGCCGUCCGCGGCACCUCGUUCGCCUUCACGUCCACGCCGCACGCGCUCCUCAAUGGCACGGACCAGGUCAGCGGCCGGCUGUGGCGCCACAUGCUGCAGCUGCACAUCGACGCCGCCGCGCGCAGCGGCGACGCCGGCUUCGCCACCGUGCCCGUCGCCGGCCCGGCCGCGGUGCCGCCGGCUCUGGGCCCGGGCGGCGGGCUGGUGAGCAUCUUCAGCCGGCCCGCGGUGUCGCUGGCGCUGGCGCAGCACACGCUCGCGCACCUGGUCACGUGCGGCGUGACGGAGGCGAUGGCCAUGCCGCUGCCGCCCGCCGCGGCGGUGCUGGCGGCGACGCUGGAGGCGGUGUCCCGCGACGUGGCUGCGCUGACGGCGUCCGGCCUGACGCCCUCGCUCUGGCACUUCGACACCGCCGCCAUGCGCGGCGUGGUGAAGCGCCUGUGCGCCGCCGUCGCGGUCGCCAACGGCCUCACGCACGGGCUGCUGCCGCAGCUAACGGCCAGCGGCGCCACUGCCGGCGUCGCGGCAGUGCCGCUGAUGGGCGGCCCCAACCUGAUGGCCGGCGACGCCGGGCGGCACACGCAGGCCAGCCAGCGCUGGUCGCUGCGGGACGUGGUGCAGCGGCUGGCGUUUGAGGUGGGGCGCGCGGUGAUGGGGCACGUGCCGGUGGCGGCAGGCCGCGAGGCGCUGGCCAAGGUGCUGGUGGGCACGCUGGGUCGACAUCUGGGGCCGCUGAUGUCCGGCCGACUGGAGGCGGCGCUGGCGGCGGCGCGGGACGUGCUGUACGCGCCGCCGCCGGUGCCCGCCACAAUCCUCUCGUCCAGCCCCACGAAAGACGCCGGCGCCGCGGCAGCGGCGGCAGCGGCGGCGGUAGUCGACACCUGGUCGGGCUUCGUGGGCCGCAAGCCCUCUGACCUGACCACCCUGCGUAUUAGCUUGGCGGGCCGCAUGCCGCCGCGUGAGAUCAGCGCGCUGCUGGCGGCGCUGCUGGGCUCCCUGCCGCCGCAUGACGACCCCACGGCGGCGGACGAGGCCGACGGCGGCAACGCGCUGCUGGCGGCGCUGGUGUGGCCGGCGGCGGCGGGCGGCCCGGGCGGAGGCGGCGGAGGCGCGCUGCGCUCGGGGCUGGCGGGCAACUCGCGGCGUCUGAGCGGCUCUGGGGCCCUGGCGCUGUUGCCGGCGGCGUCGAUCGGCGGCGCCGCAGGUGCUGGCGGCGAGAAUGGCGCUGCUGCAGGCGCGGCUGCCGCUGGGGCGGGCAAUGGCGGGUACGGCCCCGCUCCUGGCGCGGCGACGUGGCUGGUGCACCGGCCUCUGUCGCUGCCUGACCUUGCGCAGCUGGUGCGGGCGCUGCUGGCGGAGCGGUCCGAGCAGGCGCAGCACCACCACCACGCGCGGCCCCGCAGCCAGCCCGACGCCGCCGCCGCCAUGUCUGCCUCGGGCGCUGCGCCGCCCACCACGACGCCUGCCGGCACAGCCGCCGCCGCCGCGUCCACGGGGACGGGCGCCUCUGCCGCCUCGCUGCCGCAGUGCAACCUGGGGCCGCUGGCGCUGGCGCUGCUGGAGGACGCGGGCGAGCACUGGGGCUACGGCGAGAUGGUCCGGCCCGCCGCCGCAGCCCUGUUUGAGGGCUACUUCAGUGGCGGCCACGUGGCCAUCGUGGGCGCGAACACGCACAUGUGCGAGGAGGCUGCCUGCCUGGCGGCUCUGGCCGCCGGCGCGCACCUCACCCGCCUCGACCGGCCGCUGCCGCCGCGCUCCAACGGCAGCGCGCCGGGCCAUCGGCCGGCCGAGUACGCCCUGCGCGGCGCGCUGGCGGCUCGGCUACAGCAGGUGGUGGCGGCGAUGGCGGCCGGCGGCGCUGCCGCAGGGUCCGUGCGGCCCUACUCCCAGGCGAUGGCGGUGGCGGCGGGCGGCUUCAGCGCCCCGGGCGUGCCCUUCAUCGGCCCCGGGCCCACGGACCCUUCCACGCUGGUGGCGACGCGGUCCGCGGCUGCCGCCACGCUCCCAGGUGUCGGCGGCGUUUCAAUGCCGGGCGCUGGCGGCACCGCCAGCGGCGGCGUGGGCACAGGCACAGAGGCGGGCGGCGGUGUGUGGGCGGCUGGCGACGUGCGGCCCGCCACACGGGACCGGCCCAAGCCCGUCAGCGGGCUGCACGUCAUCCUGCUCACAGACGGAAUGCUGCAGGACGACCCCACCCUGGAGCUGCUGCAGGCGCUGCUGCUGCGGCCCGCCUCGCUGCCCUACCUGGUGCGCGAGCUGGCGGAGGGCUCCGGCCUGCCCCACCUCAAGGGUCUGGAGCCGCCGGUCCUCGACGCCGACCUGUCCACGCUGGCUCAGACCGGCGCCUGGGUGGCCGCAUCCAUGGACGGAGCCGGCGGCGGCACGGCCAGCGGCGGCCUGGAGGCCAACAGCGCCACGCCCACCAUCGCGAUGGCGGGCGGGUUGGCCACGGGCAGGAGCAUCUUGAGCCGCCUGUUCGCGCCCGGCUCGCCCACGCGGCGCGGCGGGCCGGCGGGCUCGGGGCGCAGCGGCGGCGGCGGGCCGGGAGAGGUACUGCUGCGCAGCGCCGCCACCGCUGGCGCCAGUCGCAACCUGGGCGCGGCCAGUGCCAGCGGCAGCGCACAUGACGCGGGCGAGGAGGGCGGCGCCGGCACCGGCGCGGGCUCGGGCGUGGGCGGGCUGACCACCAUCCCGCCGAUGCGUUCGGAGGCCGACCCCGCAGCCUACUCCGCGGCGCGGGUGAUGGAGCUGCGCAGCGCCGAGGUGGCGCGCGCGGAGCUGGAGGUGGCGGCGGCGGGGCGGCUGGUGCGCGGGCUGCGCUUCGUGCUGUCAGCCGGCGGUGCCACGUGGGCGCGGCUGCGCGGGCGCUACCCGGCUCUGGCGGCGGCGCUGACGGUCAUGUGCGCGGCCGAACCCACGGUGCAGGACCAGCAGGCCAGCUGCGCCGAGGCGCUGUGCCGCGUGGCGCCCCACGUGGCCGACAACUCCAUCCCGCAGCACCCGCACGUCGACUACACGCUGGAACUGCCGCCGGACGCCGAGCCCUCCGCCGCCGCCACCACCGCGGCCGCCGCACCCAGCGAGCUGCUGUCACCCUCCCGGAAGAACCUUACGCCGCCCAAGGCAGCCGGCUCCGACGCCGGGCCGGCGCUGCCGACCCGCUCGGGCUCGCCGGACCGACGACUGGCAGCGGCGGCCAGCCGUGGCAUGCGGCGCAGCACCACGCUGACAGACCGCAUGGCGCAGGUGCUGCCGCAGCGGCCGGAGACGGCGGCGGAGGAGUCGGCGGCGGUGGCGACGCUGCGGACGCGGGCGGCGGAGGACGCGGCGCUGCUGCGGGGAGUGGGCGAGGUGGCGGUGGCCAUCCACGGCCAGGCGCAGGAGCUGCUGCGGCAAAUGGGGCUGCUGGUGGAUGGCGUGUCGCUGCCGCUGUCCAAGAUCUCCGACGUGGUGCACAUGCUGGGGCUGGUGCACAGCGCGCACCGCAAGGUGCUGCAGGCGAGGCAGGCCACGCUGCACGUGUGCCUGGCCAAGUUGGAGAACAGCGAGGCGCAGCUGGAGUCGGUGCUGGGGCACAUGGACAAGCUGGGCACAUUCAUGGACAAGGGCCGAGAGGACCUCAAGGCCAUCGUGGGCCGCGUGUCUCACCUGGAGAAGUUCAUCGCCGAGGCCGGCGCCGAGCUGGCGGACCAGGAGACCAAGGCCGACGCCGCGCAGGCGGUGGUGGACCAGGUGCACGCCGAGGUGGACGCGGCGCAGGGCGCGGCGCGGGAGCGGCUGGCCAAGGCCACCGAGGAGGUGGGCGGCCUCAGCGAGCUGGCCCUGGCCGAGAUCCGCUCCUACAAGGAGCCGCACGUGCUCAUCCGCCUGGUGGUGAUGGCGCUGUGCGUGCUGUUCGACUGGCCCACCGAUUGGCGCAACGCGCAGCGGCUGCUGGGGGAGCAGAACCCCAAGCUGAUGGACCGCUGCCGCGAGUUCGAGCCCGCCAAGCAGGUGUCGGCGGUGCAGGCCGCCAAGCUGGCGCGGCUGCUGCAGGAGCCUGAGUUCAACGUGAUCAGCGUGGAGCAGGUGUCGGUGGCUGCCAAGAGCCUGUGCUGGUGGGUGCUGAGUGUGGCCAACCUGCUGCGUGUGGACAAGGAGUGCGCGCUCAAGCUGGCGCGCAUCCGCGAGGGCGAGGACCGACUCGCCAACACCAACGCCUACAUCCGCAAGCUGCGCGGCGAGCUGAGCGCGGGCAAGACGGAGCUGAGCCGGCAGCAACACGACCAGCGCCUGCUGGAGCAGCAGCUGGGCGAGGCGGGAGCGCAGCUGCGCGACAGCGACCUGCAGAAGUCCAACAUCAACCGCCUCAGCACGCUGGUGCAGGGCAUGAUCCCGCGCUGGCGCUCCUCGCUGGCGGCCGUGGAGGCCAAGCUCCCAGCCCUCCUGGGCGACUCGCUCCUCGCCGUCGCCGCCGCCGUGUACCUGGGCCCGCUCGACGGCGGCGAGCGCGCCGCCGUGCUGGGCCUCUGGCGCGACCUGCUGGCGGCACGCGGCGUGCCCGUGGGCCCCGCGCCCUUUGAGUUCGCGGCCUUUGUGUCCGACCGCUUCACGGCGAUGACGGCCGGCCUGCCGCCCGAGCUGCUGGCGAACACGCAGCCGCUGUGGCGCGACAAUCUGGCGCUGAUGGCGCUGGCCAGCCGACCGCCGCUGCUGCUGGACCCGGGGCGGGAGGGCGCCAACCUGGUCAAGGCCAUGUUCGGCAAGGCGGCGCGCGUUUUCCUCACCAUCACGGAGGAGGGGCUGCUGGACAAGAUGUCGGCCGCCAUCCGUGCCGGCAAGGUGGUGAUCGUGGACCUGUACGGCGGCCCCGCCGAGGCCGGCCUGGUGGCCCGCCUGGCCAAGCGCUACGAACAAGCCAUGCGCCGCGCCUUCGCCAACCUAGCCACCGAGCCCCACCACCUCUACCUGCGCCUGCGCCAGCCCUGCCCGCCGCUGUCGCCCGCACUGCACCAGUACACCACGCCCGUGCGCUUCGCGCUGCGCGGCGCCGAGCUGCGCUCCGCGCUGUCGCGCUGCCUGCUGGCGUGCCUGGCCGGCGAGCGCGAGGUGGCGGCGCGGCAGCUGGCCACCAAGCUUUGGAGCCACCGGCAGCGGCUGGCGGCGGCACAUGACGACAUCGCCUUCACCAUCGCGCACACCAAGGGGCUCAUCUGGAGCCACCCCGGCCUGGUUGACAGCACUGUAACCAAGGCCAACCAGGCGGCGGAGGCGACGGACCAGCUGCCGCGCAUGGAGGCGGCGCUGGCGGAGGUGGGCGCGGCACUGGAGCGCUGGCGGCCGCUGGUGGACGGUCUCAUGCGCGUGCAUGGCGUGCUCAUGGAGCUGGCGCGCGCCGGCGGAAGCGGCGGCAGCGGAGGUGGAGGCGGAGGCGCCUUCCCGGCCGGCGUGGGGCCGAUGCCGGAGCUGGCGCUGCUCAGCCUGUUCCGGGCUGCGCUGCGGCGCGGCGUGGCGGAGGUGCCGGGCGCGGCGGCGCUGGUGCGGGAGCUGCAGGGGCCCACGGCGGCGCCGGAGAUGAGUGUGGAGGAGGCGCGGCGCAAGGGCGCCAAGGCGCUGGUGGGCGUGCUGCUCAGCCGCGCGCCCAGCCGCGCCGUCAGCCGCGCCGUGUCCAUGGCGCCCAGCCGCCCCGACAGCGAGGCCGACCCGGACGAUGACGACGACGACGGCGGCGGCGCCUACUACCAGGACGAUGACGAGCUGCUUCGCAAGGCCGCCGGAGGGCGGGCGGGCGGGCUCCGCGGUAACGGCGGCGCAGGCGCAGGAGGCGGGGGUGACGGUGUGGGCGAGGGCGCGCUGCUGGGCGCGGGCGCGAGCAUGCGGCCGCCGGCGGACGGGGCCGCCAUGCCCUCGCCGCCCAUGACGGCGGGCGGGCUGGGCGCGGCGGAGCGCUCCGGCCACGGCGGCAUGGGCGUGGGCCGCUUCGACUCCUUCAUGUCCUCCAACCUGGCGGGACUGCCGCCGGGCCUGGACGCGGGCGGCGGCGCCGGCGGCGGCCUGGCGCGCACCGAGAGCGCCAGCUCCGCCUGGACCACCUGGACCGACGCCACCACCGCCACUGCCGGCGUGGGCUCCACGCCCGCCCAGAUCGCGGCCGCCGCCACCGCGGCGGCGGCGCUGCUGCAGGGCGCGCCGGCGGCGGGGCCGUCGGCGGCGCUGCAGCGCUGCCGCAUGGAGGACCUUGCCAGGGCGGUGCUGGGCUGCGUGUGGGGGCUGGUGGGCGCCACGCUGGGCCGCGGCGACGGCACGCUGUUCCGGCUGCUGCUGGCAGUGGCGGAGGCGCAAGAGGCGGGGCGGCUGGAGGCAGCGGACGCGCAGCUGGUGGCGUACGUGUUGGGGCGCGGGGCACCCAGCGCGCAGGGCGCCGCGGCGGCGGCGGCGGGCGCCAGCGAGCAGCCCCUGGCAGCGGCCAUGGCCACCGCGGCCACGGCUGCCGCCGCUGCGGCCGCCAGUCGGGCCGCCACGCCGACCGCGCCGCCUGCGCCGCUGGAGAGCGCUGCGCCGUCCGGUAGCGUGGAGAUCUCUCUCGCCGGCGGCACCGGGACGGCCGCAGCAGCAGCGGCUGCUACGGCUGAAGCUGGCGGCAGCGCUGCCUCCUCUCGGCCGGGCACAAGCGGAGGCGGCGGAGGCGGUGGGGCCUUCAUGGACCCGGGCCACCAGGCCCGCAUCAAACGUGCCCUCACACUAGAGGCGGCGCUCAUCCCAGAGCCCGAGCUGCACCCCACCUCCCAGCCGCCCUCGCCACUGCCCGGCGCCAGCCCCGGCACCGCCAUCGCCACUGCGGCGCCAUCGCCCAGCGGCGCUAGCUUCGCCACGGCGGCAGCGGCGGCGGCGGCGUCUCCGGCCGCGGCCGCGGCCGCGCCGCUGCUGUGGCCGCCGCCAGCGGCGCUGGCUGACCUGCGCUGGCUGGAGUCCGUGACCGCCGCCGGCGCGGGCAGUGAGGACUUGACGGGUCUGGCGGAGGCGGUGGCGGCGGCGCCGCGCGCCUGGCACGGCCUGCUGUCGGCGCACGCGCUGCCGGCGGGCGGGCGGCCGGACGCGCGCGAGGCGGCGCUGGCCGUGGCGACGUCGGCGCUGCCGGAGCGCUGGCGGCGGCUGCUGUCCGCCAAGCCGCUGUACGGCGUGCUGCUGGCGGCGCUGCUGGCGCCAGAGGCGCUGGCGCCGGCGGCGGACGCCUUCGCGGCGGAGGUCCUGGGGCCGGCAGCAGUGGAGGCGGCGGAGCUGACGCCGGCGGAGCGGCUGCUGAGCACGCUGAUGGCAUCGCCGCCGGGCUGCCCGCUGCUGCUCACGACGGCGCCGGGCGAGGACCCGGUGGCGGUGGCGGCGGCGGCGCAGUCGCUGGCGGCGGCGGGGCUGCUGCCGCUGGAGCCGCACCGCGACGCCGCCUGGGGCGGCUGCGAUGUGGUGGUGCGCCACAUGUCGCCCGACGCCUUGGGUGCCCGCGAUCUGCGGGCCACGUUGUCGCGCUGCGCCGGCGGCCGCAGCGGCUGCCCCACCGGCUCCUGGCUGCUGGUGCUGGGCGCGCACACCAGCCCCGCCGGCGUGGCGGCGCUGCUGGAGCAGCUCAACGCGCGCGAGUACACGUUGCGCGGCGGCGAGGUGACCUUCCGGCUGCUGCUGGCGCUGCCCGCGUCCGCGGCGGCCGAGCUGCACCCCAACGUGCUGUCGCAGUGCGUGCGCGUAGCGCUGCAGCCGCCGCCUAGCCUGCGCGCCGCCGCCGCCAGCGCCAUCCAGGCGCUGGCGACGCCGGGCGCUCGGCGCUUCGCGGCUCUGUUCGCGACGCGCAGCGGCGGCGUGGCGGACACCGAGCUGGGCAGCCACAUGCUCGCCACCAGCCUGCUGGUGGGCGGGCUCAACCGGGCGCUGGCGCACGGCGCGGGCGCCAGCCUGCCGCCGGUGGCGGCGCCGAUGGGCGGCUGGGAGCUGCUGGCGGCGGCGCGGCUGGUGCGGCAGGCGGUGGUGGAGGCGCGCUACCGCGCCGGCGCCGGCGACGAGCUGUCGUCUUGCCUGGACUACGCCCGCCUGCACGAGCUGAUGUGCGCCGAGGUGCUGGCGCCGGCGCUGCCGGCGGCGCGGCUGGGCCGCUUCGCCGGCGCCGCCGCGCAGCGGCUGCUGGCGCCCGGCAUCCUGUCGCUGUCGUACCCGGUGCAUGGUCUGGUGGACCCGGAUGCGGAGCCGGGCAACGAGGUGGCGGCCACACUGCCGCUGCACGUGCGGCUGGCGGGCAUGCUGGAGUUCUUGGAUUCGCUGUACGGCGUGGAGACGGCGCUGCAGCCGGCGGCGGCGGCGGCGCACGCGCUGCGCGCGCGCGGCGACUCGCUGGCGGCGGCGCUGGCGCUGCACCGCCUGGCGGCGGCGCCGGGGCCGCUGGCGCCGGCACGGCUGGCGCUGCUGCCGGAGGAGCACCCGGCGGUGACGCCGCUUGCCGUCACGGCGGCGGCGGUGGAGCGGGCGCUGGAGGCCAUGGCGGCGGCGGAGGCGCGCGGCGCGCCGCUCAAGCGGCCGCCGCCGCCGCCGGAGUCGCAGAUCCGCAGCCUGUCUCGGGCCGUCAGCAAGCGCGCUGACGUGCUGGAUCGGCUGGCGGAGGCCGGCGGAGCCGGCGGAGGCGGCAGCAGCAACAUGCUCAACCUUGCGGGCCUGUCAGCGGGCCCCAGCGCCAUCAGCCUUGGUGCGACCUCGUCGCGGCGCGGCCCGGGCGCGGUGUCCAUGCGCCGCGGCGCUGCCUUUCACGCCUCCGUGGUGGGCGGCGGUGGCGGCGGCGGCGCGCCUGGCGGCGGCGCGCCCGGCGCGGAGCCGCAGGUGCUGGUCCUGGACGGCGACGUGGGCGGCAUGGGCGCCGCCUUCCUGGGCGCCGCCGGCAGCGCCGCCGGCAGCGUCGCCGCCACGCCGCGCGACGGCGGCGCGCUGCGCAUGCUGCGCUCCUCCCUGGCGGACUGGGCCGCCUCAGGCAGCCUGCCCUGGAACCACGCCAGCAGCCUGCAGCGCCAGCAGGGUGCGGCGGCGGGCACGCCGCGUGCCAAGACCGCUGGCGCGGCGCUGGGCGGGGCCGGCGGCAGCGGCGACGACGACGUGGAGCCUCCGGACUCGGCACCUGGCACCGCACGGCCGGCGGUGGCGCCUGGCGGAGCCGAGGUGCUGACGCUGGCGACGCCGCUGCUGGCGCCCCGCGUGGCGGCGCUGGCGAUGCGGCCAAGCACCUCGGCCGCCGCCGUGUCGCUGGCAACGGCGGGCGCGGCGGCGGCGGGGCUGCCCAGCAGCAGUCACCGCUCCUCCACCCCCAUGGGGCCUCUGCAGGCGCAGCUGGCGGCGCUCUUCGCCGCCACCGCCGGCGCCGGCGGUCUGUCGGCGCCAGGCGCAGCCGCACCGGUGCCGUGGCGCGGCGCCCUCACCACCGCCUGGCCCAGCUCGUCACGCCCCGGCUCGUCCGUCGGCACCGCCCGAGCCGCAGCCGCCGGAGCCGCCGCAGCGUCUGACGAUGCGGCGACCGCCGUGGACGGCGCCUCCCUCUUUUCGCCCAGCGGUCCCGCGGCGGUCUUCCUGCGCCUCGGCGCGGCGGCGGCCUCCGCCGCCGCCACCAAGGCGAGCGCCGCGGCCGGCAGCAGCAGCGCCAUCAUCGCCACAGCGCUGGAGCCGGAGACGUGGCUGGGCCCGCCGCCGGAGCUGGCGGCCCUGGACGCCUGGGCCGCGGUGUCGCUGGCGCCGCUGCUGGACACGCUGCAGCGGCUGGAGGCGAUGCUGCGUGGCCUGCGGGUCGCGCUGGAGGCGCGCGCCGCGCCGGCUGACUCGGGCCCUGGCGGCGGCGGCGGCGGCGGUGGCGGCAUGACGGUUGCCAGCAGCCUGCCGCAGUUUGGGUCGGAGCAGCAGCCGCCGGGCGCGCCCAUGGCAGGCAAGGGCGGCGCCAUCGCCGUCAGCAACAAGGCGGUGGUCACGGCGCAGGCGCAGGCCGCGGCAGCUGCCGCGGCGGCCGCCGCCGCCGCCGCCGCCGGCAGCGGCGGCGGCGGCGCGAGCGGCGGCGGAGCUGCUGGCCGCGGCCCCAGCGCGCCGGGCGGUGGCACACUGUCUUCCAACCUGUCGGCGCUGUUUGCGGAGCUGUGGCUGGGCGAGGCGCGGGCGCUGCACGGCGCAGUGGCGGGCGCGCUGGGCGGCGCAGAGCAGCUGGCGCUGGCGCUGGCGCAGCCGGGGCUGUACGACACGCCCGGGGUACGGCAGCUGCUGGGCUACCUGAUGGCGGGCUUUGCGCCGCCAGGCUGGCAGCUGCCGCCCGCGGCCGACCACCCCUGCGGCGGCGGCGGCGGCGGUGGCGGCGGCGCCAGCGGCUGCGGCGCACACGGCAUGCACGUGCUCGGCAACGGUGCCGGCGGCGGCCGCACCAGCCGCGGCGGCGCCGCCGCGGGCGCGGCCGGCGGCGGCCUGCCGGCCGCGGCGCCGCCCGGCGGGCGUCACCCGGUGCAGGCACUGCCGUUGGAGUGCUGGGAGGCGGACGUGCGGGCCCGCGUGCGGCAGCUUCAGGAAGUGACGGCGGGCGACGUGGACCUGCGGCCGGCGGCGGUGGACCUGUCGCUGCUGGCGCGGCCGGCGGCGCUGAUGGCGGCGCUGGUGCGCGCCUUCGCCUACGAGCAGAACACGCACCCCAACAACGUCGUGUGCCGUCUGGCGCUUCAGCCGCCGCAGGACGCGGUCCCCGGGCUGUCUGGCCCCGCCGGCGCCGGCAGUGGCAGCGGCGGCGGCGCCCACGGCAGCGGCAACUUGGGCAUGGCGGCGGCGCGGUCGUCGUCGUCCGUGGGCGGCCCCCUGGCGGCGGUGCUCUCUGGCGGCGGCGGCGGCGGCAGUAGCGGUGCCGACGCGUCGGCGCGCGGCACGCCGCGCGGCAGCGGCGUGCUGGUGCACGGCGGCCCGGGCGGCGGCGCCGGUGCGGUGGUGGUGCCUGAGCGGUACCCCAUCGCGGCGCCACGCAGCAUGGGCGUCACGGGGCUGCUGUGCCGCGACCUGGAGAUACCGCUGGUGCUGGCGCCCGCCGCCGCUGCCGCCGCCAGCCUGGGUGCCGGGCUCGGCCUGGCGCUGAUGUCGGCGGGCGGCGUGGCGGCGGCGGCGGCGGCGGCGGGCGGGCUGCCGUCCAUGGUGUCGGGCAGCAGCCACCUCGGCAGCGCCGGCGGCAGCGCUGGGCUGCUGGGCGCGGGCAGCGGCUCCGUCGCGUCGGCGGCGGCGGGCGCUGCCGGCGGCGGCGUGGGCGUGGGUGGCGCGCUGGACCUGGCGCUGCUGCUGCCGGCGGCCAUGUCCGCGGCGGCGGAGGCGCACAGCACCUUCACCUUCGCGCCCACGGGUGCAGCAGGCGCAGGCGGCGGCCUGGCUUCGCCAUUCGUUGCGGGCGCCACCGCCGCCACAGCCGUGCCCACGCCAGGCGAGUCGAGCCGGGCCUCCUCUUCCCAGUUGCAGCUGGCGGCGGCGGCGGCCAUGUCGCCGGCGGCGCAGCAGUCGGCGGCGCUGGCGGCGGCGCUGGCAGCUCUGCGGCCGUGCCCCAUGCUUUGGGCCGUGCCGGGUUUCGCCGACCCAGCACUGCGCAAGGCUCUGGGCACUCGGCUGUCUUUGAGGCCCAUGGGGAAGGGCAACCGCGCCGCCGCAGCGUCGGCGGCCAUGGGCGGCGGCCCGCCGCCUUCGGUGCCUGUGCCGCUGGCGGUCAGCGCGCAGUCGGCGCUGCUGUGUGAGGAGCCACACAGCUUCCGUGUGGCGUGGGAGUGCCGGCCCAACUCCACGGCGGCUGACAACCCGCCGGAGCGGCUGCCGCUGCUGGCGGUGGGGCGCACGACGACGGCCGUGGCCGCGGGGGCUGGCGGCGGGCUGGACGGGCUGGGUGGCGGCGCGGGUGUGGUGGGCUUCGGUGCUGAGGCUGUGAGCUUCAGUGACCGGGGGGCGCUGCUGCGGCUGGCGGCGGGUGUGGGGGCGGGCAGCGGCACGGCGUGGGGUAGCGGGUAGCGGGUAGCGGGGCGUGAGCAGGCAAGGGAAUGCAGUCUGUUUGUUCAGAGGUGCGUGCCCACAGGGCGCGGGCUUUUCUUGCUUGUAAAGAGCGCGAUGUUGGGCUGUUGCAAUGCGUGUGUGUGCGUGCGACAACGAAUGAGAGCGUCAGUGCGUCACGCAUGCCUGACUGGCGCAAUACAUAAUAAUGGUACGGUUGCGGGCAGCACAGGAUGCUGGGUGGACGAAGUGACGGACAUCAGAACUGCAUUGACAAACUUUCUGGAGAACGCGGAGAAGGUGUGAGGGCCACUCACGCAUGCCAAUCUGCAUGGACAAGUUUUGAGGCUGUAAUGUGCUUGGGUG